AUGCCUCGGACUACCCAGGCCAGCGAUGCGUCGAAGCAAUACUUGAUGAACCGGUCGGGAGACUUGGCUCGUGGGGGACCCGCACAUGCAGCCACCCACUCCACCGAGGACAUCGACAUCGACGAUGUUACAAACUUCCCCACAAAUGCCCUCUCGUCCUCCGCCCUCUCGACCCCGCAGUCAUCCCGAGUACCCAGACCGGCGCAAGCACAAUCAUCGCACAUCCGACAUACACCAGUCCCCCCUCCCUACCGUCACGUUCGAGACAAACUGGACAUCUCCCCAGAAAACAAGCAGACUCGCAAAGACCUUCUCCGUGAGAGCUUCUUUUCGGAUUGGAAGGACGACGCCUCCAGCGCUGAUCUGGGCGACCCCGAUGAAAUGCAGAAAAAGGACCCGCUCGGAACGCAAAUAUGGAAGCUGUAUAGCAAGACCAAGUCCCAAUUGCCGAAUCAAGAGCGAAUGGAGAAUCUGACCUGGAGAAUGAUGGCCAUGAACUUGAAGCGCAAAGAACGAGAGCAGGCACGAGCAAGCCAACAACCCACCAGCGCCCCUUCGGGAAUUGCAAAGCUUCGAGAGUCUGUGGACCUUUCAGACACUCCGGAUCCGGAUGCCAUGAACAUCGACGACUUCAUAUUUCCUACGUCAAUCGCAUCUCCUGCUGGCAUAUCUCCUUCCUCCCCCCCACCCCCCUCAAACACCAAUGCUUCAGCGAUACCGAUCAAGACGAGGAAGGACGUACAGCAUCAAGUACAUCCAGAACUCCCUCCAUCAGCACCUACUCAAGACCGAAUAAGAGAUCGUGAGUUCGAUUACGUACAACGGCGGGUGAGGAAGACGAGCAUCGAUGAGACAAAGUCUCGAAAGCGGCCUGCCGAGUUUUCUCCCCAAGUGAAUCCCACCAAUGGUAUUAUGAUACCCAACGACCCAGACGGGGAUGCCGGACUGGGUGAUUACUCUCUAGAACAUACAGCACCCCAGCCCUUUCCUAUGCAUGCCAACACCUACCCUCACGUUCCAUUCAACCUCGACACUUUCAAUAUUAAUGACGACCCUAUACUCCAUUCCGCCGGCCCAUUCCAACAGAAUUUCACAUUCUCGCCAGCUGCAUCUCCAAUCAAUAACCAUGGUCCGUUCUCAACAUACAAGAGUACCCCAAUAGGUUCCUCUAUCAACUCUGCAGAGUAUUACUCGCCGCCCGGGUCCGCCCAUCCCUCAGCAACAUCUACCCCACAACCGCUGUAUGACAACGAGCAUCUGUAUUUCGGUCGUCAAAACGCCGAUGCGCGGCAUCAACGACCCAUGCAGAACUACUCUAGUAGUCGGCCUUCCAACCUGUCUACCUCAAUGCAGCCUCAAUACCUAUACAAUCCCACCAACGAGGCUAUGUUCAACGGCGUCACAAGUGGUGCUCCUGCAUCAGCUGCGAACUUUACCGCUCCUGCUUUCUCCAUGCAGCAUGUCAACCCUUCUCAAGUCCUUCACCCCGAGUAUUCCAACUCGCAACCGCACGGUAUGAAUAUGCCACGUAACGAGAACAUGUUCUCUUUUGGUGAAGAUUCGGACAACGAAGACGACGAAGGAGGCAAUUUCCCCGAAGGGUCUAUGAUGAUGCAGACAGAUUUCUCGACCAUGGAUGAUCCUUCUCUUGAUCUUCGUAGCAAUGGACUUCCAUGGGAUGCCAACUUAGGUGGGCAGCUCAACACAAUGGCGGCGAGGUAUCCAGGCGGCCCUCCCAAAAAGCAGGUGACAAUAGGGGGCACAGAGACGGUGACAUCACCACAAGACUGGGCGCAAGGUGGUCAUAUUAGUCGGGCACAUGGAUCUUCCACCUCGGUCAGUGACAUUCGCAACCGAAGCAACGAUCCCAGAAGACAGAAGAUUCCGCGGACGACCUCGACCCCUAACGCUGUCCAUCUCGCUCAGCAGGCGGCUAUGCACACUCGACCUCAGUCUUCGCCCAGUUCUCCCCCAGAGUCUGGUUUCAGCAGCGUAGCUCCGUCCCGUCCAAGCAGUCCAGGUGGAUCCAAAGCUGGAGAAAACAACGGGGUACCUACGACCUGCACCAACUGUUUCACCCAAACCACUCCCUUGUGGCGCCGGAAUCCUGAAGGUCAUCCCCUAUGCAAUGCUUGUGGUCUGUUCCUUAAACUUCACGGCGUAGUUCGCCCUCUUUCCCUGAAGACAGAUGUCAUCAAGAAGCGAAAUCGUGGUAGCGGCAAUCAGCUUCCAAUUGGCAACUCAUCCACUCGUUCGUCCAAGAAAGCAUCUCGCAAGAACUCGAUCCACCAAACUCCUGCGACGACGCCUACUUCUGGCAAGGUGCAAGGCCAGACUGACUCGGCCUCUCCACCUUCAGCCUAUGGAUCUACAAAUUCAGGAUCAACUGCCGGCAGCACCCCAACGAGCUAUGGGCCUGGACCAUCCGCAGGCAUGGGUAGCCUUCCUCCUAUUGCUGCCGCUCCACCGAAGCCCGCACCCCCGACUGCAACAAUUGCUGCCGGCAGACCGAGCUCGACGGUUGUGCCAAAACGCCAGAGGAGGCAUUCCAAGCAAGGGGUCGGCAGAGGCGGUGGUGGCCAAGAGGCUGAGAUGGCUGAUGCGGACGAUACCAGUGGGAAGGCGACAGCUGCUUCAUCAAAGAAGAAAGAUAAUGGGCCCCAUCAAAUGGCUGCUGCGGGUAUGGCCGGGAUUCCUGGCACAGGGAUGAUGGGUACAGGCGGACAGCCGGGCAUCAUGACCGGCGGCCCAUCUACCGGGACUCAGGAGUGGGAGUGGUUGACGAUGAGCCUAUGA